UUCUGGUGCACUUAAAUCUUUCCGGUGAACCAUCUACUCCUUCUUCCUAUCUUCUUUUCUUUUGGUUCCCCUUGAACACAUUACAUUCAGACGGUACACCUGCCUUGCUCUGCGCUCCCUAUAUUUCAUCGGAGUUGGUUUCAUCCCUUCAUCCCCUCCUCGCCCCCAAUGGAUCCUGACACCGAUGUCAAAUUCGAAUUCUUCCCCUUCAUUCGCCAAUACAGGAGCGGCCGUAUCGAGCGUUUCUACUCCGACGACCAAAUCCCCGCCGCCGUCAACGACGAAACCGGCGUCACCUCCAAAGACAUCAUCGUUGACCCGGAAACCGGCGUUUCUGUCCGCGUCUUCCUUCCCACUUUCGGCGACACCCGUCCAAAGAAGCUCCCGAUCUACGUAUACUUCCAUGGCGGAGGCUUCGUCAUCGGCUCCGCCUUCGGCCCCACCUCCCACCACUACCUCACUCCCCUGGUGGCCAAAGCCAACAUCAUCGCCGUCUCGGUGGACUACCGCCUGGCCCCCGAGCACCCACUGCCUAUAGCCUACGAGGACUCGUGGGCGGCGCUCAAGUGGGUGUUGUCCCAAGCUGCGGGCGGCGGCGCUGAGGCGUGGCUGGCCGAGCAUGGAGAUUUUGAACGCAUUUUCGUGGGCGGCUGCAGCGCCGGGGGGAACCUAGCGCAUCACAUGGCGCUGCGCGCUGGUGCGGCGGAGCUCGGACUUGGGGCGAGGAUACGAGGGAUGGUAUUGAUCCAUCCCUACUUCGGGGGGAGCGAUCCGUUUCCUUCCGAGUUGGUGGAUAAGGGGUUGAAGGAGAAGAUGGAUGGGAUGUGGGUGUUGGCUUGUCCCGGGACGGUUGGGAUGGACGACCCGCUGGUGAAUCCACUGGCAGAGGCGGCACCGAGCUUGAAGGGCUUGGGGUGCGAGAAGGUGCUGGUGUGUGUGGCGGAGAAGGAUGUCUUGAGGGAGAGGGGGAGGGCGUAUUACGAAGGGUUGAAGAGGAGUGGAUGGGGAGGGGAGGUGGAGUGGCUGGAGUCGGAAGGGGUGGGGCACGCGUUCCAUGUUCAGAAGUUCGACUGUGAGCAAGCUUUAGAGCUGAUGGAACGUACGGUGAAAUUCAUCAGUGGCAGCUGAAGGCUUUCUGGAUGCUGGAAAAAGGGCCGGUGAUGGGAAUGGAGAAAGAGAUGAUAAUUAAAUUGAUAGGAAUUGGUAGAUGGUUAAAUAUCUUCCAGCAUCCAAAGGAAAGCUCUUAAUUUCUAUGGUGCUUCUGGUAAUGGUGAAAUGAUUCCCAUAACAGAGAGUGCGUAUUGUUAGAUGGGAAACUAGGACUGAAGGGAAAAUGUUGUUGAUCUCUUUUGUUCACGUCAGUUAGUUGACUUUAAUUUCCUAUUUUAUGUUUGCCUGCAGUCUGCGUGUUCUGUAUUUAUCUUUUUGCUUAUAUUUUCCUUCGAGUUCCUUUCGUGGUUGAAAAUAAAAAUAUGAAUGGCUUUUGUGGUUGAAGCUUUCA